AUUGGCUCGUCUCAUACCGGAUUCAUUUUAUAAAAAUCGUGAAACUGACACAAAAAUGGGUCUUUAUUCAACGACGGCAGAAUUGCCAAGGAAUGAAUUUAAUAAAAUCAUGCGAAUUUUGGCCGACAAAAUGAAUAGAGCAAAUUGAACUUCUAAGCAGGACGUUACACUAAUGACUUCAUUGGUGAUCGAAAAGUUUCCUGAGUUAAAAGAAAAAGUCUUAAAUCUAGUUGACAGAAUGAAUAUAGCAUUGAUCAAUUGCAUUAAGAACAAACGAGCUCGUGGUUCCAAAUCCACAUCCAGAAAUAAUGAUGAUGAUCCCAAUGAUGAUGAUCAUCAUGAUCAUGAUGAUCACCAUCAUCCCUCCAUUAAGGUUAAAACGAUUCAAGGGAAUGAAAAGAACAUUAUGAGUGAAAUAAUUGAAGAAUAUUCAAAUUUAGAGAAAGAUACGAGAAAAUUAAAAGAUUUAUUGAAGAAGACACGUGCAACAAGAGUAAAAGAAUUUAAAAAAUUGUCGGUCAAAGAAUUACUCUAAAAAUAUCCACCUUUAAAUGAUCCUGAUUUGUUUCUAUGGGAGUUCGGACAAUUAAUCAAGAUUUCAGUGAAUGUUAUGAGAACAAAUUUUACCGAUUCUAUUGACAAAGUUUUGCCAAUUCUACAAGAAAAACUUUAUGAUAAUGUCAAUGACAUUAACAAAAAAGUGAUUCAUCUCUUGACCUAUCUGCCGCAGUUAUUCAACUUGAACAAGAAGAAGAGUUCGAUUUCCAUUCUGGAAAUGGAAUUGAGGGAGGAGGCACCAACAAAAAAUAAAUCGCCGAGCCUGAUAGCAGCCGAUCCAGAGUGCAAGCAAGUAAAAUGCUACGUCGAUUCUGAGCCAUUGCACUGCACCGAACUGUUCAAAGCCGUUUUACUAUUGCUAGCGGCGUACUAUAUUUUUAACAUUAAUUAUGCAAAAGAGCAAAAGCUCACAUUUAUUUUUUUGGAACACAUGAUUUUUAGAAGUGAUAUUGAACGAAUUUCGCCAAGGAAUUUAAAUUUUUUAAGUAUAUUAAAUGUUCUCGACCGAGCAAAAUUGACAGACUUUUAUAAAAUGCCAAAAGCUACAGUUUAAAUACCACUACAACAAAUAG